CGCAUGCGACUAGCACUCCGGAUAGAGCUACAUUCAUACAAGUCGAGGUCCUCUAUCUGAGGAUACCAAGUACAAAUAUGACAAGUUUGAAGCGCUCGCUUGCCUCAGACCCAACUUCGGCAAACUUGUCCAGCAAAGUUUAUGUUAGGUCGACAAAGAGCGGCAAAGUCCAAAAGAUAGUCCGAGAGGUCUACUUGAGACAAGACAUACCAUGCUCCUCGAAACUCUGCCAUCGAUGCCUAGAGAAUGCCCCAGCGGACUAUCAUGACAAGGCCUCCAGGUUUGUCCUUUCCGCCACGCCGGCUGGAACAAAGGCCUUUCCCAAUGGCCACUACAUCAUUCCGGAUACGAACGCCUUUUUAAACGGCAUGGACCUGUUCGAGGUGGACUCUGCAUUUUACGAUGUAGUCAUUCUGCAAACAGUGCUUGAAGAGGUCAAAAAUAGGUCCCUCCCCAUCUAUCAUCGGCUUGUAGCCUUAGCCAACAACGAGGAUAAACGAUUUUAUGUCUUCUUCAACGAUUUCAGAUUAGAAACUUAUGUCACGCGAGAUCGUGCCGAGACCAUCAACGACCGUAAUGAUCGUGCAGUGCGCAAAGCCGUAUCAUGGUAUCAGCAGCAUCUUGAGCAAGCCGUCAAAUCACGUGGCUCGCAAAGAUGUCCCUCAGUCAUCAUGCUCAGCGAUGAUAGAGCUAACCUAGAGAAGGCGAAGGCCGAGAAAGUGACGGGUUCUACAUUAUCUAAAUACCUGUCAGGACUGGACAAUGCUGACCAGCUGCUUGACAUGCUGAGCUCUUCUCAAGAACAGCGCGAGAUCAAAACAGGACCGAGAGAGUUAUUCUACCCUGAAUACUAUACCAUGUCGAAGAUGAAUACAGGGGUGAAGGCUGGCACACUUCACCAAGGCAUUUUCAACGUCUCUCAAUACAACUACCUAGAGGGCUCAAUACAUGUACCAGCGUUCGAAAAGUCUUUGCUGAUCCUUGGUCGAGAGAAUAGCAACCGGGCUGUCAGUGGUGAUGUUGUCUGUGUCGAGAUACUGCCAAAGGACCAGUGGAAAGCGCCUUCAACAACCAUUGUUGAGGAAGAGACUGUCAACAAGAACGACAACGCAGACGAGGAGAGCUCGGAAGGCGUGAUCUCAGAACGAGAGCGUCGAGCACUCCAAGAUGAAGUAAAGAAGGUGCACGGAACAAGCGCUGAAGGCAGGCCACAGCCUACUGCCCGUGUGGUUGGUGUCAUCAAACGCAAUUGGCGACAAUACGUUGGACACGUCGACAAGGAUUCUGUAAAAGCAGGGUCAAAACAGAGCAGGCAGCAACAAAGCGUGUUUCUCAUUCCUAUGGAUAAACGUAUUCCGAAGAUCCGUAUGCGCACUCGUCAGGCUGGAGAGCUACUGGGUAAGCGUGUUCUGGUCACGAUAGACUCCUGGGAUCGAGAUUCCCGGUAUCCUGUUGGUCAUUUUGUCCGCUCAUUGGGCGAACUCGAAACCAAAGGCGCAGAGACGGAAGCGUUGCUGCUUGAGUAUGAUGUCCAAUACCGACCAUUUCCAAAGACUGUACUGGACUGCCUCCCAGCUGAAGGGCACGACUGGAGAGUCCCAGCCAGCACAGACGAUCCAGGCUGGCAAGGCCGACGAGACCUGCGCGAUCUCAUUGUGUGCAGUAUCGACCCACCAGGUUGCGUUGACAUUGAUGACGCUCUGCAUGCACGUAAACUACCUAACGGUAACUUUGAGGUUGGCGUCCAUAUCGCCGACGUCUCUCAUUUUGUCAAGCCUAACAAUGCCAUGGACAAAGAGGCUAGCAUGCGUGGCACUACUGUCUAUCUGGUUGACAAGCGUAUUGAUAUGUUACCCAUGCUGCUAGGCACCGAUCUAUGCUCGCUCAAACCCUACGUAGAACGCUACGCAUUCUCCGUGCUCUGGGAAAUCACCCCUGAAGCCGACAUUGUCAAGGCCGACUUUACCAAAUCCGUCAUCCGUUCCCGCGAAGCCUUUGCCUACGAGCAAGCGCAACUCCGCAUCGACGACGCAUCCCAGAAUGACGAACUCACUCAAGGCAUGCGCACCCUUCUCGUGCUCUCCAAAAAGCUCAAGGCCAAACGCAUGGCUGCCGGCGCCCUUAAUCUCGCCAGCCCGGAAGUCCGCGUGCAGACCGAGUCUGAGACUAGUGAUCCGGUCGACGUCAAGACGAAACAACUCGUCGACACCAACUCCCUCGUCGAGGAGUUCAUGUUGCUCGCCAACACGAGUGUUGCUGGCAAGAUCUACGCUGCAUUCCCGCAGACGGCACUCCUGCGUCGCCACGGCGCACCUCCAAAGAACAACUUUGCGGAGCUCGCAAACCAGCUUAAGGUCAAGAAAGGUCUAGAGCUUCGCGUGGACAGCAGCAAAGCACUCGCCGACUCCCUCGACACAUGCGUCGACCCGCAGCAGCCAUUCUUCAACACCCUCGUGCGCAUCCUAGCGACGCGCUGCAUGAUGUCAGCAGAGUACUUCUGCUCCGGCACGCAGGCGUAUCCCGAAUUCAGACACUACGGCCUGGCAUCCGAGAUCUAUACCCACUUCACGUCUCCAAUCCGAAGAUAUGCAGAUCUGGAGGCCCAUCGCCAACUUGCCGCCGCAAUCGACUACGAGCCGCUCGACGCCAGCCUGCACUCGCGCGGCAAGCUCGAAGCCGUGUGUCGCAACAUCAAUGUGCGUCACCGCAAUGCCCAGCACGCGGGCCGCGCGUCCGUGGAGUACUAUGUCGGGCAGGCGCUCAAGGGCCGUGUCGUCGACGAAGACGGUUUCGUGAUGCGUGUGUUCUCGAACGGAUUCGUGGUGUUUGUGCCGCGGUUCGGUAUCGAGGGCUUGAUCCGGCUGCGGGAUCUUGGCACGCCGGAGCCGGAAGGGGUGUUUGACGCGGAGGAGUAUGUGCUGCAGACGACGGGCAGCAGGACGGUCAGGGUCGAGCUGUUCCAGCCGGUGAGAGUGCGCAUCCAGGAUGAGGUAGAGGAGAGCACGGGCAAGCGCAAGGUCAAACUGGGGCUGUUGUGAGGCCGUGAUGACAUGAUGUCACAGCCCGGCGAUAUCUAUUCAUAGUCCGGCUAUAUAAUGGGCCCAUCACUAUUGUAUAUGCAAUGUACCCGUACACUAACUACCGCAACUAUCGACAAAUCCACAAUCCAUCAAAACAAUAAUCGUCCCUCCCAAUUCAUCCUCACUACUUACCACCUCGGCCCAUCUAAAUCCGGAAAUCCGCCCCGACAAAAAAAACCCAGCAUCCCAUCCAUCUCGCUUCACCUCAUCUCAUUAACAGCCCCACUGAAUCGCCCCACCCAUCUACGCUCCGGCCAUCUCCCUCCUCUCUCAUCAGAUCAAGAUUGAGAUCGAGAUCGACACCUUACCCGCACGCAAAUAUGCCUGGCGGUAUGUAUACCCAUAUAUCAUGUCCGAGCGCGCGCUUGAGCAAAAUCUCGUAAAAACGUAGUAAUAGAAUGC